AUGACACUUUCGAGAUGCUUAUCCGGGUCAACCGACCCGGUUCCCAUUUCGAACUUACCCGAAUCCGAUUCCGAUUCGAAUGUUCUGGUGGUGGUCUCCUUCUACAAGUUCGCUGAUUUUCCUGACUCUGCUCGUUUGCGGCAACCCUUGAAGCAGCUCUGCGAGGAAUUGCGCGUUUCAGGCGGGAUCAUACUUGCGCCUGAAGGGAUCAAUGGCAGCAUAUGCGGGAGCAGAGAGUCGGUGGAGAAUGUUCUUGAGUUCAUUCAGAGUGAUGAUCGUCUCAGGGGGCUAAGAAGAUUGGAGUCGCCUGUGAGUCCGGAGGAUGAAGCUAUUCAUCAUGGACACAGUAGCAGUUCUCCUCUGGCAGCAGGGGAAGAUGCGCCCUUCCGAUGGGAUCAUGUGAGGGUCAAGUUGAAGAAGGAGAUUGUUACUCUUGGCAUGCCUGCUGUAUCACCUACUGAAAAGGUUGGGAAGUAUGUGAGUCCAAGUGAAUGGAAUGAACUGAUUAGUGAUCCAGAUACAGUCGUAAUUGAUGUGCGUAAUAACUAUGAAACUAGAAUUGGGAAGUUCAAGGGAGCAGUUGAUCCAUGUACAAAAGCAUUCCGGGAGUUCCCAUCUUGGGUAGAGGACCAGUUCCAACCUUCUGAACCUGAAAAUGGGCAUACAGAAGCAAAUGCCAACAGUUCGGAUGGAAGCACCAAAAAUCAACCAGAGAUUUCAAAACCAAAAACACCACCGCGAGUUGCCAUGUACUGUACCGGGGGAAUUAGAUGUGAGAAAGCUUCUAGUUAUCUUCUCAGCAAAGGUUUCGAAGAGGUUUAUCAUCUAGAAGGCGGGAUUCUGAAGUAUCUUGAAGAAGUUCCGGAGAAAGAGAGCCUGUGGAAGGGAGAGUGUUUUGUCUUUGACAAGCGAGUCUCCGUCGAGCAUGGUUUAGUACAAGGAAAUCACAAGUUAUGCUAUGGGUGCAAGCAGCCCGUCAGUGAUGCUGAUAUGGAGUCUCCUCAGUGGGAGUACGGGGUUUCUUGUCCCUAUUGCUACUCGUCAAAAUCUCUCGAAGAGAAGGAAAGGGCAAGAGCUCGACAAAGGCAAUUUGAGACAUGGGGCAUCAUCGGCGGUCCAGACAAGGGUCGUAAGCCAGAUACUAUUAAACAGAACCAAACUACUCAAAGUGUCGAAUUCAAUUUAGAUGAAGACUUGCAAAAGGAAUCUCGUGUCAAGUUUUGACCUAUCAAUUUCAUCAGUUGCGGACGUUUGCAUGUGUUUUCGACCAGGAAUUUUUCCAGCAAAACUUUAUGACAAGUCAAGAUUUCGAGAACUUAUGUUAUGGUUCCACUUAUCUGCCCGCAUUUGAUUCUAAACUAUGCUCAAGUUGAUACAAUUAACACCAAUAGGCACUGUCGUCUUUCAACAACACCAUCACUUCACUUCCA